AUGUCAAAUUUAGCUAAUUAUAUUGUUCGAUCUACCAAUUUUGGAAUAGUUGGAAUUGGAAGAAAACAUGAGAUUAUAAAUCGACUUUUGAUUCGCCCGUGGAUUGUAACCAAUUCUAGAAAUUAUCAUGAUGAUGGAACCUUUGGAUACAGGAUUCCUAGGGUAUAUGCUAUGCAAAAUUACACGGACGCAGAAUUGUCGAAUCGUAUCAAAAAUGCGAAUUUGCUUCGGCUUGUAUAUGCGUAUAGAACUCAUGGGCACAGAGGAGCUCAUAUUGAUCCUUUGGGUAUUUUACAACUAGAAGAAGUUGCAGCUCUUGACUCUAAAACUUAUGGAUUUACGGAUUCCAAAGAGCUUUAUAAUUUAAACGGGAUAUUGCAUAUUAAUAAAUCAGGUUUGACAAAAGAUUCCAAAGCUGAUGCAAAUAUAGAAACUAUCGUUUCUUAUUUGAAAAAGGUUUACUGUGGAAAAGUAGCUUAUGAGUUCAUGCAUAUUCCGUAUACGAAUGAAAGACGUUGGUUUUAUCGUACUCUUGAAUCUUACGACAAGACUUCAUUAAAUGCAAAAGAGAAGCGAAGAAUUUUCGAGCUACUCACAAGAUCUGAGGCACGUUAUUUUCACAUAUCUAAAAACCAUCGAGAUAUUUUUAAACGAUACGGCCUUGAAGGGGCCGAAUCAAUGAUGGUAGCCUUGGAUAAAUUAUUUGAGGUCUCAAAUAAAGCUGGCAUCAUUAUGGCUGUUCUAUGUAUGCCACAUAGAGGUCGUUUAAACCUUUUAACCGAUUUAUUAAAAUUUUCGCCUGUGAGAUUAUUUCACAAAGUAAAAGGAAAUCCAGAAUUUCCAGAACAUUUACCGGCAUCUGGAGACGUUUUAUCUCAUUUGGCCUCAUCGCCUGUAUUGGAUUACGGUACAGAAAAACCACUAAGCGUCUCUAUGUUGCAUAAUCCAUCGCAUCUAGAAGCGGUAAAUCCUGUUGCUAUGGGAAAGGCUCGUGCCAAACAAAUGGAUCUCUUAAAAUCCGAAACAGAUUGCGAACUGGGAGAUCGUGUGAUGUGUAUUCAAUUACAUGGAGAUGCAGCAUUUACGGGACAAGGAGUGGUUAUGGAAAGUUUUGGAUUGUCAAAUUUACCACGAUUUUCUUCCGGUGGUUCAUUUCACAUCGUAGUAAAUAAUCAAUUGGGUUAUACAACGCCUGCACAAAAUGCAAGAAGCAGUUGGUAUAGUUCAGAUAUUGGAAAAAUGAUUAAUGCUCCCGUUAUUCACGUUAAUGGUGAUUUUCCUGAGGAUGUUGCGCGUGCUGUUGAAAUUGCCUUUGAAUAUCGAAAUAAAUUUAGAAAGGACGUGAUAAUAGAUUUAAUUACAUAUCGUAGGUGGGGUCAUAACGAAUUAGACGAACCUGCUUACACGCAACCUUUGAUGUAUGCUAAUAUUCGAUCAAGGAAAAGCGUUCCAAAACUUUAUGAAGAAAAGUUAUUGGCAGAUACCCUGAAAAAGAAAUGGAGUAAAAUGAUCAUGCCAACUGAAACGGUUUCAAAAAUUGACACAGGAGUUUCAAGAGAUGUUUUAGAGAAAGUUGGGAAAAUUUCAGUAACCGUUCCGGAUGACAUUGUAAUACAUCCUCGUUUAAAGAAAUUUCAUAUACAGUCCAGACUAAAGGGAAUCGCUGAAGGCAAGAAAGUUGAUUGGGCAACAGCAGAGGCCCUUGCGCUAGGUUCGUUGCUACUGGAGGGACAUAAUGUUAGGUUAUGCGGGCAGGAUGUGGGUCGUGGUACAUUUAGUCAACGACAUGCGAUGAUGGUUUGUCAAGAAACAGAACGCGUGGUUAUUCCUUUAAAUAAUCUAUCGAAAUAUCAAGGAAUGUUUGAGGUAGUGAAUAGUAACUUAAGCGAAUUAGCGGUGAUUGGAUUUGAAUAUGGAAUGUCAAUUGAAAGUCCGAAUAAUCUCAAUAUAUGGGAAGCACAAUUUGGUGAUUUCUUUAACGGAGCCCAAAUUAUCAUUGACACUUAUAUCACAAGCGGUGAAGUUAAAUGGUUAAGACAAUCCGGGUUGGUCAUGUUAUUACCUCAUGGUUAUGAUGGAGCAGGACCCGAGCACAGUAGCUGCAGGAUCGAACGUUUUUUACAGCUUUCGAACGAUAGAUUUGAUGUAUUAAACGAUAAUUUACCGAUUAAUCCAAAUAUGCAUAUAAUAAAUCCUACUACCCCCGCACAAUAUUUUCAUGCUUUAAGAAGACAGGAUGCUGUAUCAAAUUUUGAAGAUAUGAUAUCCGGCACGACAUUUCUACCAAUUCUCGGAGAUAAUACCAUUUCAGACAAGUCAAAGGUUGAAAAGGUUGUAUUUGUUUGUGGAAAAUUAUAUUAUGAUCUUGUGAAGGAACGACACAAAAAGAAACUGGAAGAUAAAGUCGCGAUCGUUCGAGUUGAGGAAUUAUGCCCAUUUCCAAAAAAAGAUAUUGAAAAAGAAUUAACCGAUUAUAAUAAUAUACAUGAAUUCAUUUGGUGUCAAGAAGAACCACAAAAUAAUGGUGCUUUUACAUUUAUUGAACCAAGAUUAAAUCAAACAUUACCUAAUGAACGAAAGCUAAAAUAUGUGGGUAGACCAGCAAGUGCUGCGCCGGCUGUUGGUGUUUCCAAAUGGCACCACAUGGAACAUUCAAAAAUUUUAAAUGAUGUCUUUUGA